AUGCUGAACAUUACGCUGGUUGUGGCCGUCACCAUCGAGAAUCCCAACUACGCCGGCUUCGAGUUCGAGAGCGGGACGACCUUGAUCUUCUACCGCGGUGUCUUGGUCGGACAGGCGCCGGUGAUGGAAGGGGAAGUCGGCGCGCGCUCGACGGAGACGCUCAGCGUGUACGUCGAACUCGAGGUGUCGACGAUCACAGCCAACCCCAACUUCGUGCAAGACAUCGCCUCGGGAAUUCUGCCUCUUGAGUCGUCCACGAGCGUUCGGGGGAAGGUGACCAUUCUGGGGGUCUUCAAACUCAAUGCAUCCAUUUUAACGUCGUGUGAUAUAACCGUGGCCCUUCUUUCUCGCUACGCGAGCGCGACCUGCAAUUCCAGAGUCAGCACUUGA